CCUCUUUUCAGUCGGGGAACCCAUUACGGUCGGAAAAGUUCAAUACGUCGUAUUAACGCGCGUUCCAGGCCCGGUGAAAUUAAAAAUAAAAAUUGGUUUAUUAAAAAAAGGGUUGAAUUGUUUAAAUAUUCUAUGUUUUUUGGAAAAUUUGUUGUGAGUCGGUUUUUUUAGAAAAAAUAUUUUGCCAGUGAGCCCAGUGGAUGUCCCUCACCCCUAUUGGAUUAACCCAUCGAGAUGAUAGCCGACGCAGUUGUCAUGUUGAGAUCGCUAUGAUGAAGGAGGCAGCCGGGGAAGUAUGGUGAUGGUGUUUUGGAGGUCGGCGCCCCUCAUCGUUGCUCUUCUCUUCUUGGGUGCCCCGCCGCUGAGAUACGCAGCCCGGCAUAGCGAAUCGUCUUGCCUAUUCCCUGAAAAAUGGCAAGGCUCGUGGUUCCAAUCGGGCGUGAGGCAACCGAUCACCAUUCUCCUCAACCGGUUCAGCACCAAAGGGCGUUGCAUAGCCCAGCGAGAUGACAAGUACCUCAUUGUGCACGAGAACGGCGUCUGCUACAGAUGUGUUUCCAUACACGAAGUGCACAACAAUGUACUCCAGUACAAAGAAACCUACUGCUCUCACCUUGAUUCUCUGGCACUAUGCACUCAAAUAACAGGCGAUGCCCUCUUGUACUCGAUGUUCAGGCAGAACGCAGUGCCUCUCGCCUGUCCAUUCACAGGAUACCACACCUUUCACUACAACAGAGGCCAUGGUGAGUGCAACACGUUGGCGUCGACGAUGGAGCCGUGCACCCAAGACAGCAGGCUUCUCCUGAGGUACCAAGCCUGCCCGGACGUCUACGGAAGCGAAAGCGCCGUUGAGGAGCUCCAGUGCCUCGCGAUGUGGAAAGAGGGCUCGUCUCGGUACCUGGUCGGUAAGAUCGAGCACGGCCACGCGACCUCGAACGAGGACAGGUACAGGUGUUUCGUGUUCGACAAGUACCCGAUAGUCGGGAACGGGAUCGGGACAGGGGACGGCGACGGGGAAGUGGCGUACAGGGUGGCCCAGAGCGGGGACGCAACCUGCAACGGACUCUUCAGCCCGAUGGAAGGAAGCAGGACGAUGACCCUCUACAAAGCAAGCAGCCCGAGCAGGUGUAAAUUCCCGAAUUGGGUGUCAGCCCCGGGCCAGUGGCACACUCUUGACCACAGGCGAAGCUACUCCCUAAGGCAUCGGAACACUACGUUGAGGAUUGCCGAUUCGGAAGGAAGGGAGGAGACGCGUGUUCAGUGCUCGGAGGUGAAAGGACCCCUUGCGGCGUCGACGUCUGGUGACCAUGUGCAGAUCGUCGGACACUAUACGGUCGGAUGCCAGAGCGGCUAUGUAUGUAUGGUUUUUUAUAAACGGGACCAGCAUGUGCUCGAAGUACAAUCAGGUAGCUUCACGAGGAGAGCAGAAGAGGCGUGCAGCAAGAGCAACUUCGACCGAGCGGUUGUCCCAUACCUCACGUUAGUCACAUCGAACCCAGACCUGAAGCCUUGCCCUCACCCGGGGCGUUACUCGGUCACAGGGAUUUUCAGGCAAAGUGGAAACAGGAGGGAGAUGAGGGCGGCCGGGGGUGGCGCCGCCGCCUCCGAGGAGGUCGAGAGCGACGACCAGGGUGCUGGAGGCCUGAGGGACCUGGACAACUGCCCGCUGGAAGCCAUCUCCCUCAACUCGGCAUGCACGAGGAGAGACACGAUGGAGCUGAGGUCCGAGUGCGACGGCUCAGUCAGGAGCAUCGUGUCCGCGUACACAUGCCACGCCGGCUGGUCGGAGAACGGUACCGGCUUCGUGAUCACGACCCCUGUGAGCCGAUCGUCGCACGGUUCGAAGCGCUACUGCUUCGUCUACAGUCCGGCCCAUCACAGGUCGGCCGUGGGCAACGGGGCCGGUCAAAUCCCCUCGUGGAACUACGUCAGGUUCUCGACGAGCUCAGACACGUGCAGCAGGACUGUGAUACCCGGCCUCACGGGAAUCCUCGCUUUCAACAUCACAAGCCAAGGCCAGUGCGUGGAAGUGAGCAGCAGCGGAGCGGCGGCGCACCUCAGUACGGCACUCUUGCUGAUUGCAGUAUGUCUAAGAUGAUUUUUUUUAAAAAGCGUAGGUUGAAAAUUUUAAAAGUUAAAAAAAUAAAGACCGAAAAUUUAAAAAAAUAAAUAAAUAAAAAAUCUCUAGGUUGCAAUUCUCUGUGCUUUGUCAAAAAAAGUCUUUUUAAAAGGAAUAAAAUUAAUUAGGCAGAAUUUUUUUUUAAUUUGUACUCAGAGCACCGAGAAAAAUUUGAUUUGAAUUUUAGUUCUUACUCAAAACGAAAAAAUGUGUAAAUAAAGGUUUCACUAGCGAGCGGACGAGUGUAUAUUUUUUGAAAAAAUGUGAUGGAUUCUUAAGACAAUUCUAAAAUUAAAACAAAAAACUGUGUAAACAGAAGAUGCAGAGAAAUAAGUGUAUAAAUUUUAAGAUAAGAAAAAAAUUAAAUUGGAAGAAAAAAUAUAUAUAAUAAAAUUUAGAGAUGGAAAAUUGUACAAACACACACAAAAUAGUUUAAAUAUAUACAUACACGUGUAUGUACGUGUGUAUGUGUAAAACUGUAAAUUUUUGUAUUUCUUUUCUAGAACAAUCUUAAUCUUAAGUUUCUGUUAUUAUAAUGUGAUUUAUAACUUUUACACCCACACAUAUAUGAUAUAAAGUUUAUAAUAUACAAAAAAAAAAAAUCAGGAUGAAAAUGUUUAAAUGUUAAUUGUAAGUUUAUUAAGGAGAAAAAUUGGAAACAAACAAAAAGCAAUAAAGUAUAGAAUUAGAGGGGGUUGGAAUGUUAAAUAAAAAUUCGGAAGGAUUUUUAAAAAUUUCUUUAAAUUAUCGGGGUGAGAUUUUAUUUAUCAUGGGGUUAGGUGAAUGUGAUAUAGAUUUUUUUGGGCCUUUCUGAAUCGGUCAAAACUCGGUUGAGUCGUUUUCACACAGGAUUAUAAAAAUAAAAAAUAUCGAAGGAAUCCACUGUGAUAAAAAAGUGUAUAAAGGUAAUAAUUUUAAAAAAAAUUAACCCCACCGGUUUUACUACCUCGUAGUUAGUACAAAUUGUUGUUUUUCCAAUUUUCAUUAUCUCACUCAAGUGAUGGACAAUCUCUAAAUAAAAUUAAUCAUUUUUUGAUUUUUUAGCUUCAAUAUGAAUUUUCGUUCUAAAGUUAAAAAUAUAUAUUAAAAAAACCUAAGGCAUUUCGAAAAUGUAUUGGAGAGGGGCUCAAUUUCAGUUUCUAGGUUAAUUAAUAUUGUUAAAGACAAAUUUUUAAAAUGUUAGGAAAAAAUUUUCCAAUAGUGAUACAUUUUAUUUCCUCUCACGGAUAUCACUUAGUGCAUCUCUCUUAAAUCGAAAAGGAAACUCAGGAGUAAAGUUUCGCGCCGUUGGCCUAAGGCGAAGAAGUUAGGCGAGAAAAUGCUUCCUCCAUCGCCGAACUGUUCUCUAGAUUAAUAAGAGUGACGAAGAAGUGUUUAGAAGUGUUUGGAGCCGAAAAUGUUGGCCAUGGCGGAAAAAGAUCUCUACAUGAGGUUAGAAGUGUUUGUUGUCAAACUUACCAAGGCGAAAGGUUCUCUAGGUGGAUAAGGGUUGACGAGAAUGCAUUUGGCGCCAAAGUGUUGUUCGUAGCGGAAAAAGUUCUCUAGAUGAGGUUAGACGAGAAUGCAUUUGGCGCCGAAAGUGUUGUUCGUGGCGAAAAAUUGAAACGAAAAUGAUCAUAUACGCAAAAUUAUUUCAAUGAGGUUAGAUGAAGAUGAGUUUGGCGCCAAAAUUAUCAUGGCGGAAGGUUAUUUAGGUGGAUAAGAUUAGACGAGAAUGUAAUUGGCUCCAAAAGUGUUGUUCGUAGCGGAAAAAGUUCUCAAGACGAGGUUAGACGAAAAUGCAUUUGGCGCCGAGUGUUGUUCAUGGCGGAAAAGGUUGUCUAGAUGAAGUUAAACGAAAAUGCAUUUGGCGCCAAAAGUGUUGUUCGUAGCGGAAAAAGUACUCUAGAUGAGGUUAGACGAAAAUGCAUUUGGCGCCGAAAGUGUUGUUCAUGGUGGAAAAAUUUCCCUAGAUGAGGUUAGAUGAAAAUGUAUUUGGCGACGAAAGUGUUGUUCAUUGCGGAGAAAUUUCCCUAGAUGAGGUUAGACGAAAAUGCAUUUGGCGCCGAAAGUGUUCUUCGUGGCGGAAAAUUGAAACGAAAAUGAUCAUAUACGCAAAAUUAUUUCAAUGAGGUUAAAUGAAGAUGAGUUUGGCGCCAAAAUUACCAUGGCGGAAGGUUCUCUAGGUGGUUAAGGUUAGAAAAAAAGAUCAUAUAGCUAAAAUUGUCUUAAUGGUGUUAACCGAAUCAGUGUUUGGCACCGAAAUUGCCAUGGCGGAAGUUUCUCUAGGUGGAUAAGGUUGGACGAAAAUGAUAAGAUAGGCAAAUUUAUCUCAAAGAGGUUAAGCGAAGUAGCUCAGCUCUUUGCACAAAAAUUAGCAAGAUGGACGGUUAUCUAGGUGGAUAAGGUUAGAUAAAACUGAUCAAAAAGCUAAAAUAUCUCAAUGAGGUCAGACGAAGAUGCGUUUGGCGCCGAAAUUGUUGUUCAGGGCAUUAGUGCUGAGAGCAAAACGAACCUACCUCAAACUGCACCGAGGAAAUUUCUUUCCUACUUUACACUCUCGUUACCUCCGGAGUAAUAAAUUAGGCAAAAUUAAAAAUUACAAAGAAUACUGAAGUUUUGAAAAAAAAAAAUCUAAUCCGAAAAUCCCGACACUCUCCCACCUAGAUGGAAUCGUGUGUGAAAAUAUUUUUCUCUCUGUUUUUCCGUUCGCCCUCUCGUGUGUUGUUAUCGCACGUUUUCUUCUUAUUAUUAUUAUUCCGAAGAAUACAACCUCCGGUCCUUUUUUUUCCUUUCUUUACUGAAUUAGGUAAUUAAAUUAUUUUGUUUUUAUUGAAUUUGUAAUUUUAUCAUGAAUUUUUGAAAGGCCUAACGUUUCAAGAAAUGGAACUGGGUGAUUGAAUUUUACGUUCAUAUUCCCCCUUUUUAUUUAUCGAUGCCUCAUCAUCAAAACUAAAAAUAAACACAAAAAAAUAAUAAAAAAUUUCUUGUAUUAUGAGCAAUUGUUACAAAACCUAUUUUUAUUGUCUUAGACGAAUAGGUGCGAGACGAGGGUUAUUUCUUUCUAUGGAAAAAAAAGAACGUAAAUGUAUUUACAAUAUGAAAAUAUAUAUAUAUCUAUGUUCCAAAUAAAUGCACUUUGAAUUGUUCAAAGUUAAAACACA